CAAGGAAGUUCAACCGAUGGAUGAGAAGCAACCAGCUCCCGUCUCCGCCGCUUUCUCAUCGUGAACCUGUCACAUAUUUUGUAGUUUUUUCCCCCUGUUUACCUGUCGGCAUGGCGAUGUCAACAUUUCAGAAGGUGACCCUCGCGACGUGUCUCGUGCUGUGCGUCGCGCUGCUGCUCCCCAAAAUGCUGCUCUCCCGCGGGAGGAAGGAUGCUGAGCGGCCGGAGGGUCGCUUCCCUCCGAUGAUGCACCGUCAGGCGGCUCCGGAGGGACGAAGCCAGAGGGCCGCGGCGUCCAGCUUCUCCAGGGCUCACAACCCUGAGGCCAUAGCCAGGGCCAAGGGAGCGGGGACGGGGGCAGGAACCGCCGGCAAAUCCAACCUGGCGGGACAGAUCAUCCCUGUGUACGGCUUCGGGAUCUUACUCUACAUUCUCUACAUACUGUUCAAGAUCACGUCUAAGGGGAACAACAAGCCGUCAGAGGGAAGGUUUCCUUCAGUUCGGUCAGAGAACAUGAAGAGAAAGAUCACUGAUUUCGAGCUGGCCCAGCUGCAGGAGAAGCUGAGAGAAACAGAGCUGGUGAUGGAGAACAUUGUUUCCAGCGCCCACCACAGUCCUGACAGGGUGAAGGGCGUGACGGCGGACCAGGAGGAGAGUCUCCUGCAGCAGCUGACGGAAAUAACUCGGGUGAUGCAGGAGGGCCAGCUGAUGGAGGGGAUGACUCCGGAGAAGAAGGCCCAGGACAACUGGGAAGAUUAUCCAGAGGAGCCUCAGCAGUACUGGGAACAUUCCCGCUGCUGCUGUCAGCACGACCAGCAGCACCACAGUCCACAGUCAGAGACGGAGGCUGAGAGGACGGAGGCUGAAGGGGCCGACCUGGUGGAAAACAUUCCUGUGGAUGUUACAGGUGGAGGAGAAGCUGACGUAGAUGAGAGUCUGAGUACAGAUGCUGUGACAGAAUCUGCUCUUACAGCAGGAAGUGAGGAGGAUGCGGGGUCACGGGGCGAUUUAAGCGUGAAUGAGAGCGAGAACUCGCAUGAACGUAAGGAAGGAGGCAGGAAAAUCGAUCUGGGCGUCCCAGAGGAGGACCUGGCCGGAGUCCUGAAGGAGCUGGAGCUCACGUUGAAGAUGACGACCAUGAUGGAGCAGGAGAAGAUCGAGGACCUCACCUCCUCCACCUCGCCGGUGGAGACAGAACCCGCCUGCAGCACCGUCAGACGGAGGAACAAGAGGAGGAGAGCAAAGAAAGACUUAAACUGACUGCUUUGAACCUUGAACCUGGGCCUGGUUUCUGAGGGCAGCUUUUUAUAAUCCGGUCUGAUCAGAAUAAUUGGACGGUAGCAUGAAAGUUGGCGAUAGCAUGAAUUUCUAGCCUUGUUUAUCUUUACUUGAAGUAUAUAAGUGAGAACGUUUGUAUGCUGGUUACUGUAUAUCACUAGAUCAGUUUUAUCAGUUAGCUUUUAAGGAAUAACUUCACUGUACUUUAGAGCUGCAGCCAUUAGUUGAUUACAUGAUUAGUUCAGGGGCAAAACAGGGGAAUAAUUUAUUUUCACCAUAAUUCCAUCCAAUGACAGAAUUUAUGAGUUUCAUACACUUUCUGUAAUAAAACAUAUAAAAGCAAAAAUCUUAUCAGAGGGGGGACCCUGAGACACAAUCUCAACUUCUCUUAUCUAAUCUUAUCUUAUCUUAAGGGUCCUUGAUGUGAAAAAGUUUGAGAACCGUUGGAUCAGUCGAUCGACAGACAAUUAAUUACCAACUAUUUUGGUAAUCAAAUAAUCGUUUCAGUCAUUUUUUUUCAAGAAAAAGAUGUCAAAGUUCUUUUUUUUUAGUCUUUUAUGUUAGUAAACUGAAUAUCUUUGGACUGUUGGUUGGAACAAAAGAAGAUGUUUGAGUAUGUCAUGUUAGGCUUUGGGAAACAGUGAUUGAUUCAUUUUUCACCAUUUUCUGACAUUUUGUAGACCAAACAAUUCCUUGACAGUGUAAUCGAUAAUGAAAAUAAUCAUUAGUCAUGGUCAUAAAAGAAGUGACACUCAAGAUAUUACUUGGAG